CCGAUGGACCCAGCCGCGACCGCCAUUUUGGGGUCUUCCCUGAGGAUCUCCUACCGGCUUUUCGUGCCGCCGCCACCGCUCCCCGCGGCCUUGCCGGGCAGGAUGAAUGUGAUAGACCACGUGCGAGACAUGGCGGCCGCGGGGCUGCACUCCAACGUGCGGCUCCUCAGCAGCUUGUUACUUACAAUGAGUAAUAACAACCCUGAGUUAUUCUCCCCAUCUCAGAAGUACCAGCUUUUGGUGUAUCAUGCAGAUUCUCUCUUUCAUGAUAAGGAAUAUCGGAAUGCUGUGAGCAAGUAUACCAUGGCUUUACAGCAGAAGAAAGCCUUAAGUAAAACUUCAAAAGUGAGACCUUCAACUGGCAAUUCUACAUCCACUCCACAGAGUCAGUGUCUUCCAUCUGAAAUUGAAGUGAAAUACAAAAUGGCUGAAUGUUACACAAUGCUAAAACAAGAUAAAGAUGCCAUUGCUAUACUUGAUGGGAUCCCUUCAAGACAAAGAACUCCCAAAAUAAACAUGAUGCUGGCAAACUUGUAUAAGAAGGCUGGUCAGGAGCGCCCUUCAGUCACCAGCUAUAAGGAAGUGCUGAGGCAGUGCCCAUUAGCCCUUGAUGCCAUUCUAGGUUUGCUGUCCCUAUCUGUAAAAGGUGCAGAGGUGGCAUCAAUGACAAUGAAUGUCAUCCAGACCGUGCCUAACUUGGACUGGCUCUCUGUGUGGAUCAAAGCAUAUGCUUUUGUGCAUACUGGUGACAACUCAAGAGCAAUCAAUACCAUCUGUUCACUAGAGAAAAAGUCAUUAUUACGAGAUAACGUGGAUCUACUGGGAAGCUUAGCAGAUCUGUACUUCAGAGCUGGAGACAAUAAAAACUCUGUCCUCAAAUUUGAACAAGCACAGAUGUUGGAUCCUUAUCUAAUAAAAGGAAUGGAUGUAUAUGGCUACCUCCUGGCACGAGAAGGGCGGCUGGAGGAUGUGGAGAAUCUUGGCUGCCGCCUUUUCAAUAUUUCUGAUCAGCAUGCAGAACCCUGGGUGGUCUCUGGGUGUCAUAGCUUCUAUAGCAAACGCUACUCUCGGGCCCUCUAUUUAGGAGCAAAGGCCAUUCAGCUGAACAGUAAUAGUGUCCAAGCUUUGCUACUUAAGGGAGCAGCACUCAGGAACAUGGGCAGAGUCCAAGAAGCAAUAAUCCACUUUCGGGAGGCUAUACGGCUUGCACCUUGUCGCUUAGACUGUUAUGAAGGUCUCAUCGAAUGUUACUUAGCCUCAAACAGUAUUCGUGAAGCAAUGGUAAUGGCUAACAAUGUUUACAAAACUCUAGGAGCAAAUGCACAGACUCUUACCCUUUUAGCCACUGUUUGUCUCGAAGACCCAGUGACACAGGAAAAAGCCAAAACUUUAUUAGAUAAAGCCCUGAACCAAAGGCCGGAUUACAUUAAGGCUGUGGUGAAAAAAGCAGAACUGCUUAGCAGAGAGCAGAAAUACGAAGAUGGGAUUGCUUUGCUGAGGAACGCACUAGCUAAUCAGAGUGACUGUGUCCUGCAUCGGAUCCUAGGAGAUUUCCUUGUAGCUGUCAAUGAGUAUCAGGAAGCAAUGGACCAGUAUAGUAUAGCACUAAGUUUGGACCCCAAUGACCAGAAGUCUCUAGAGGGGAUGCAGAAGAUGGAGAAGGAGGAGAGUCCCACGGAUGCCACUCAGGAGGAGGAUGUGGACGACAUGGAAGGGAGUGGGGAAGAAGGGGACCUGGAGGGCAGCGACAGUGAGGCGGCCCAGUGGGCUGACCAGGAGCAGUGGUUCGGCAUGCAGUGAGGCAGGCAGCAGCUCCGUGGCCACACUGGCCUGCCCUGCUCUGAGCACUUCCGUGGACUGAAAGAACCGUAGGAGCCCGCUCCCUGGGAGGACAAUGAUUCAGCAUGUGAUUGCAGCAGGGGGUUCUGCCCCCUGGCUCCAUAUUUCUAGUAGUGACUUCAUUUUUUAAAACUGAGCCUGACCAACCUUCCAUAUAAAUCCAUCCUUCCCUGCUCCAGCCAGGGAGGACUGAGUGAGCCUUCUGGGAGGCCCACAGAUAUGCUGAGACUUCUGGGACAGUACUUUUUAUAUAACUACUCAAUCUGAAGGCUCGAUGACUAGACAGUGUUUUGUGUAUGAUGAUGUGGGUGGGUUUGAAAAGAGUGACCUGUCACCCAGAGCAAGUGUGUCAACUCCUGACUAGGACAGCUACACGGGUUGGCCCUUUCAGAGAGGGUUCCUGUCCCAGAAAUCAUCAUCCUAGUAACCUUGCUUCCUUCUGCAAUGUUAGUAAUGCCUUAAGCUGACAGUUGCUAUUUUGCAGAACAAUUUUCCUACUUGCUAAUCUGGUAAGAUGCCUAUGAACCUGGGCCAGAUCUGAGAAAGAGGUGUGACCUAGAGCAUGAACACCUGGGGUAAUUAACUAAUAAAACUUUUCUAUACAGUAA